AUGAAGACUUCAACAUUAUUAUUAUUAUUGGUCCUUAGUAUUGGCUUGUGUUUAACAGCCUCAGAACAAUGUGGACAGGUAUUCUGUCUUGAUCAUCAGAUAUGCUGUGGAGAACAUCUUGGAUUGCCACAACGUUGCUUUGACAAAUGCAUGUUCAAGAAAUGUCCAGCGGGCUCAUCAUGUCGCGUAUCAUUGGGCCAAGCCCUUUGCUAUCCAUUAGGGUCGCCAUUAACUACCACGGCGACAACAACAGCCACAACCACCAAUAACCAGGGCAGCACGGUCGCCACCACCACGGUCUCCACCACCGCGCUCAGCUCAACCGUCGCCACAACCACAGUGUCCACCGCAUCAACUGUUGCCAGCACUGUGGCGUCGACCACUAACACGGCUACAUCAGCCGUGUCGACCGUCGCAACGACAACAGUGUCUACUCAGUCAACUGUCGCCAGCACUGUUGCCAGUACCGUGUCCCAGGCAACGGCAACCCCAACGUCAACCACGGUGUCAACCACAGUCACUACGACUGCAUCGACUUCGGGUGCUGCGUCGACCAUCACUCAGACCACAUCGGCCACGACCACAGUCACCACGACUGCAACUAGCCCAGCGACUGCCUCCACUGUGGUCUCGACGACAGUGUCCACUCAGUCAACUGUUGCCAGCACAACCGUGUCCACCGCACCAUCCACCGGUGCCAGCACGGGUGUCAGCACGACUUCGGCAACACCAACCUCCACCACAGUCUCGACCACGGUCACAACUACCGCUUCGACAUCUGGUGCUGCGUCGACUAUCACUCAGACCACAUCGGCCACGACUACAGUCACCACGACCGCAACUGGUGGAUCCCCUUCCUCAACAGUCGCAUCGACAACAGUGUCCACUCAAUCGACUGUUGCUAGCACAACAGUGUCCACCGGUGUCAGCACUGCUUCGGCAACACAAACAUCGACCACAGUCACGACCACUGCCACCACUACCGCCUCAACCACUGGUCCUGCGUCGACCAUCACUCAGACCACUUCGGCCACGACCACUGUCACCACCACCGCAUCUGGUGGUACGCCAGUGACCUCAACUGUCGCGACUACCACAGUGUCAACUCAAUCGACUGUUGCCAGUACCGUUGCCAGUACCGUGUCCCAGGCGUCCGCCAUCCCAACGUCAACAACCGUCACUACGACAGUGACCACCACUGCCUCGACCUCUGGUCCUGCAUCAACCAUCACUCAGACUACAUCGGCCACCACAACAGUGAGCACGACCUCCACCCCAGUCCCAACGACAACCACUGCCUCGACCACAAUGACCACCACAGCCUCCACUGUUGGUCAAGCGUCCACUAUCACCGCCACCACGACCGCAACCACAACAGUCUCGACCACCUUUACCAGCGCAGUGAUCACCUCAGAGGUUACCACUUCCACACCAGUCACCUCCGAUAUCACUGGCUCAGCUGCAACAUCCGAGAUCACUGGCUCAGCGGUAACCUCCGAGAUCACCGGCUCAGCUGUCACAUCAGAGAUCACCGGUUCCACACCAAUCACUGGCUCCGAGGUGACCAGCUCCACCCCAACAACCUCUGUCGUCACCAGCUCUGUCACCACCUCAAUGGCCGAACUUUUCACCCUUAGUGGAAAGGUAUGGGAUGCCACAAACAGUGACUCUAUCGCUUUGGACUUGGCCAAGGGAUUGGGCGGCGCCACCAUGACCCUCAUGAGGGAGGAUGGAACUCAGGUCGAGGCCAUCCAGACCGGCGCCGAUGGAUCCUACACCUUCAACGGUCUCGCCGCAGGCAAGUACUGCAUCCGUGGCGCCUACUCGGAGGGCAGCUAUUCAUACGGUCCAUUCUAUGGCGACAACAAGUUUGAGAAUGGCAAGGUCUGUGCUACAGUCGGUCCGAGCGUCAGUGACCUUAAUCUUGCCAUGAUCAAGAGCACCACAUUCUUUGUGCAAGGUCUUAUCUGGGAUGAUACCACCGAGAACCAAGGCAACUUGGACAAGAACAACCUGUUCAACGGUGCCACCAUGCAAUUGAAGGACAGCAAGGGAGAGGUGCUCAAGACAUUCGUUGCCGGUGAGGGCAAAUACAUGUUCAACGGUCUCGUCGCUGGCGACUACUGCAUCGAAGGUUCCGACCCCACUGGAAACUACGUCCCAGGUGUCUUCAAGCAUGACAACAAGUUCAACCAUGGAAGAUACUGUUUCACUGUUUCAGCAAGCAUGACAGAUGCUCAUCUUGCAAUGACCAAGAAAUCAUUAUUCACGAUAGCUGGAUCAAUCUGGGAUGACUCUGCUCUGCUGCAGGGCAAGCUUGACCCAUCAAAGUUGCUGAGUGGCGCCAACAUGGAGCUGUUUGACAACAAUGGAAAGUUGGUAAAGUCUAAUGCCGCCGCCCCCGGAACCUACUCUUUUGAGGGUCUUGAGGCCGGAUACUACUGUGUCAUCGGUCACUACCCCGACGGAUACAAGGCCAGCCCCAAGAUGAAUGACAACGUGUUUGAGGAAGGAAAGUACUGCGUUGUGGUCGGUCCAAACGUCACCAACGCUCACUUUGCCAUGAUGAAGAUCCCCGCCACAUUCUCGAUCAAGGGUUUCAUCUGGGAUGACACGGCCAACAACCAAGGCACUCUCGACACCAACUCGCCAUUGAUGAAUGUGAGGAUCGACCUGUAUGACGAUCACAAUCAUGUGGUCAGAUCACUGACGAACACCCAAGGCAACUAUUUGUUCGACGGUCUUGAGCCCGGCCAAUACUGCGCCACCGCCUUCUACCCAGACGGAUCCUACAUUCCAGGUGUAUUCCAGAAGGACAACGUAUACGACAAGGGUAGAUACUGUGUCACCCUUGGUCCAGACUCUUUGAACGCCAACUUGGCCAUGAUCCAGAAGCCAUCAUUCUCUGUAUCGGGUAUUGCUUGGGAUGAUUCACAAAAGAAGGAGGGUAAGCUUGAUACUCAGGCCAAGUUGGAUGGUACCAAGUUCCAGCUGUUGGACGGUAACAACAAACCACUUCGCACCAUUGACUAUGCCACUGGUAACUACGAGUUUAGUGGUCUGGAUGCCGGAUCAUACUGUAUCAUCGCAACAUACGAGGGCAACUUCAGUCCAGAGGAGAAGAAGGGCGACAACGUCUACGGCUCUGAUGGCAAGUACUGCUUCCAGCUUGGACCAUCAAUCACCAAUGCUCAUCUUGCUUUGAUCAAGGGAACAUUCAUGGUGAAGGGAUUCGUUUGGGAUGAUUCUGCCGACAACAAGGGCAACCUGGACACCUCCAAGCCAAUUGGAACUGUUACCAUGGAGCUUAGGAGCAAGGCUGGCGAUUUGAUCGAUUCAAAGAAGGGCAUCACUGGAGAGUUCACAUUCAAGGACGUGCCAGAGGGACAAUACUGCAUGACCGCCAUCAACACCAACACUGGCUACGUACCAGGCGCCUUCCAGAACGACAACCUGUUCAACAAGGGUCAAUACUGCUUCACGAUCAGCACCGCUGAUGUGAACGAUGCCAACUUUGCCCUGAUCAAGAAGGUCAGCUCACAUCUCAGCGUCUGGGACGACACUGCCGACAACAAGGGCACCAUGGACAGUAGCAAGCUUCUCAAGGAUGUCCCCGUCAAGAUAUUUGAUGACGCUGGAAAGAUUGUCCUCAGCUCCGUCACCUCUGACGCUGGUUUGGACUUUGAUCUCGCACCAGGCUCCUACUGCAUGGAGCUUUCGCCACCCGACACAACCUAUAUGUCAUCCACGGUCAUGGCCAAUGACAACCAAUUCGAUUCCAAUGGAAAGCAUUGCUUCAAGGUCGAGAAGGACCCUCUUGAUCUCAAAGGAGCGAUGGUCAAGCAUAGAUACUCUGUGUCUGGAUUCGCUUGGGAUGAUGGCAAGAACAAGCAAGGUAACUUGGAUAAGAACUCUCCAAUGGGUUUGGUUGACAUGGACCUCUUGGAUAAGGAUGGCAAAAAGAUCAAGUCUCUCGCUGGUGUCAGCGGAGCAUACACAUUCACUGAUCUCUUGCCAGGUGACUACUGCAUCAAGGCGUCCGUCCCCGACGGAUCCUACCUCCUUUCCGCCAAAGCACUCAAGGACAACAAGUUUGCAAAUGGCCAAGCAUGCUUCACUGUUGCCGACAAGAAUGUUAUUGACAUCGAUAUUUCCGGUUUCAAGAAGGCCUCAAUCACAAUCAAUGUUUGGGAUGACACUGUUGAUAACAAGGGAGUCUUUGACAAUACCAAGUUGGUGCCAGGAAUGCAUGUAGUGAUCACUGAUACUGAUGACAACAAUGCUGUGAUCAAGGACCUUGACUUUGACAACACUGUCAAGAUUGACUGGGGCGAGGGUAACUACUGUGCCCAGCUCACCGUGCCAACUGGCUUCACGAUGGCGGCCGUCGUACAGGGCGACAACAAGUUCGACUCCACUGGCAAGUACUGCUUCAAGCUCACUGGCGACAUGGUCGCCGACGCCGCCUUGAACAAGGAGAAGUUCAGAGUUCAGGGCACCAUCUGGGACGACACCUUGGAGAAUGACGGCAAUCUCGACAAGACCAAGUUGCUACCCGGUGUCAAACUCGUUCUCAGGGAUAGCGACAAGAAGGACUUGCUCACUCUCGACACCACCGGUGGUGAGUUCUACCACUUUGACGACCUUCUCGCUGGCAAGUACUGCAUCCAUGCAACCUACCCCGCUGGAGGCAUGUGGCCAUCACUCCAAGGCAACGACAACAAGUUGGACGAUGACGGAGACUACUGUUUCACCCUCGGUCCAAGCAUCACUGAUGGAAACCUUGCAUUCAUCAAGAGAUGGAGAGUUAGUGGAUAUGCAUGGGAUGAUACCGCAGAUAAGCAAGGUAAAGUUGACGCGACCAAGUAUCUCCAGAAGUACAGAGUGGUCUACACUAAUGACAAGGGCAAGGUGUUGUCCGACUUUGUUACCUCUGACGAGUACUUUGUCUAUGUCAAUGGCAACAGUGACUUGAUCUGUCUCCAGAUCACCAAGGACCUCUACACACCACUUGGUGUCAUCCAGAAUGACAACAAGUUCGACUCCAGUGGCAAGUACUGUCUACCAGUGGACAAGGAUAUACCCAACCAAGAUUGUGCCAUGAUCUUGACCAACAAGAGAAGAUAA